GCAGCGAAUUCACAAGCCGUCAGCGCCGCGUGCAUAGAAAUCGCGGCGAGGGAGCGUCUACAAACCGCAGCGCGAGCUCAAAAACGAAGAGCGUGUUGAGAUGCGGAGGAACGGCGGAAAACAGGAGCGAAGAUCCGCUCCGGUUUAGCGUGAAGCUGUUUGGUUUGGGGAAAGAAUGCGAUGACUUAAGUGGACGGAAGUUUUUCUGUUUGGGGGAAUCAGCAGUAGAUAAAGUGGAAUUACGAUACAUUACAGUAGAUAGUUAAUUUCAAUUCAUUCAAUUUCAGUGGAAGUUCUGAUGCCCUCUGCAGCACUAUGCAGGUCUCUCCAUCAUGGCCGGAUCAUGAAGUGUCUCGCUUUUCUGCUCUUACUGCCGGAUUCGUUAAAGAAGCCCCGCCACCCCGCCUGCAGCCGCACCGCUAAGAGCGGCAGGAUGGAGCUGCAGACGGCCGGCGGCGCCGCGCAACCCCGCGGAGCCGAGAAGAAGCGCGGCGAGGCGGCUACCGAGAACCAGGAGACCGCCGGUCCCCAGCAACAGCACGACCACAACAACAGCAUAAACAACACAAACAACAACAACAUUAACAACAACAGCGCGAACAACAACUGUGAUAACAGCAGCCCCGGACAGCCCACACUGCGCGAGAGGAAUGCUCAGAUGUUCAAUAAUGAGCACAUGGCGGAUGUUCAUUUUAUUGUUGGUCCUCCAGGAUCUUCAGAGAGGGUCCCAGCUCAUAAGUACGUGCUGGCUGUGGGGAGCUCUGUUUUCUGUGCCAUGUUUUAUGGGGACCUCGCUGAAGGAGACACCGAAAUCCACAUCCCAGAUGUGGAGCCCACUGCUUUCUUAAUCCUUCUCAAGUAUCUCUACAGUGAUGAGAUUGAGUUGGAGGCUGACACGGUUCUUGCCACUCUGUACGCCGCCAAGAAGUACCUGGUGUCUCCUUUGGCCGAGGCAUGCGUUCGCUUUCUGGAGACAGGCCUGGAGGCCCGAAACGCCUGCAUACUGCUGUGGCAGAGCCAGCUGUUUGACGAGCCUGAGCUGACCCGGCGGUGCUGGGAGGUGAUCGAUGCGCAGGCUGAGGUGGCGCUGCGCUCUGAGGGGUUCUGUCAGAUCGACGCGUCCACGCUGGAGAGCGUCCUGCGCCGGGACACGCUUAAUAUUAAGGAGGCUUCGGUGCUGCGGGCGGUGCUGAAGUGGACGGAGUCUGAAUGCAGGAGGAGGGGCUUGAACCCCACUGCUCAGAACAAGCGUGCAGUUCUGGGCAAGGCACUGUACCUCUUGCGGUUUCCGGCGAUGAGCCUGGAGGAGUUUGCCGACGGCCCGGCGCAGUCCGAGAUACUGACUCUGGAGGAGACGAGGGACAUCUUUCUUUGGUUCACAGCAGCCAAAAAACCAACACUGGACUUUCCACUGACGGCGAGGACUGGGCUCCGCCCACAGCGAUGCCGCCGCUUUCAAUCGGCCGCCUACCGAAGCAACCAGUGGCGCUACCGGGGCCGCUGCGACAGUGUACAGUUCUCAGCCGACAAGCGAGUGUUUCUUGCUGGGAUUGGUCUCUAUGGCUCCAGCGGCAGUAGGGCAGAGUACGGCGUCCGGAUUGAGCUGAAAAGGCAAGGAGCUCUGCUGGCUCAGAGGAUCACCACAUUCAUCUCCGACGGUUCAAGCUCAACCUUCUCCGUGUGGUUUGAGCACCCGGUGCAGGUGGAACCAGAUGCCUUCUACACAGUCAGCGCUGUGCUGGACGGCAGUGAGCUCAGCUACUUUGGACAGGAGGGCAUGACGGAGGUGCAGUGCGGAAAAGUCACGUUCCAAUUUCAGUGUUCGUCUGACAGCACCAACGGUACAGGAGUGCAGGGCGGACAGAUUCCAGAACUAGUGUUCUAUGCAUGACAGAUCAGACACUGAUGCGCUUCUGAAGGAAUAUCUGGAUAUACUUCUAACCAGUACUGCUAAACAACUGUAAGCGGAAUCUUAAAAAGAAAAAAAAGGACAGAACAGGACUGCGGGAUUCAUUUAUCCAGACUGUUAAACAUCUCACACUUUAAAAAAAAAGCUCUGUAAUCGUAUUUAUUAAUUAAUUAUUACCAUGUUAUUUUAAAACUAAAUUAAUUUAUUCUUAUUUUUAAUUAUUGACGUGAACCAUGACGUAGGGGUGUAUUGCACUUGAAACAGGCAGCUCUUACUACUAA